UAGCCGCUAGCUUAGCCCGCCUCACUGCAGCGUUCCUGGCUUCACAAUCUGCGGCAACCACUUGAUGCAAACGACCUGCCAUUUAGGACAUCUCCCACUUUUUAUACUUGACUGCGUUUGCGCGUAUUACCCUGGCACUUUGAGAGCGGAGGUUUAAACGUUCAGAUCAACUCACUGCGAGGGGCGUCCUCUAUAUUGUUGCACAGAUCGUGGGAGGCAUUCUUGGCGCAGGCAUCCUGUAUGGACUCGCCCCUGCCAGCUAUCCAGAUGACCUGGGAUCCAACAAACUGGACGGGGUCACAUCCGCCCAAGGUUUUGGAGUUGAGCUGAUCGUGACCUUCCUGUUGGUCAUCACUUUCUUCGCCUCCCAGGACGAUAAGAGAACAGACCUGCGUGGCUCCGCCCCCUUGACCAUUGGUGUGGCCGUCAUUGCCUGCCACCUGUUUGCGUUCAAGCAAACGAGAUGCGGCAUGAACCCCGCUCGUAGCUUUGGACCUGCCCUCAUCACCAGCAGCUGGGAUGACCAUUGGGUGUUCUGGGUGGGCCCCCUCACCGGAGGACUUCUGGCCGGUCUGCUGUACGAGUACAUCUUCGCCGCUGGCGCCACCUUCGCUGGAGCCAAGAAAUGUCUGCUGCGCGCCAAGAAGCCGAGAAAACAAGCGGAACCGGAAAAGGCUCCUCUGGAGGAAGUGAAGACCGACGGGAUUGAGAUUGACGAGUCCAAACUGACAGAGCCUGACGCCAAAGAGGAAGUUGUGGAGGCAGACCCCGAGAAAGAGAAAGUGGUGGAGGAAGUAAACGAUAAAGAGGCUGCCAAGGAAUAAAUAGCAUAUGUACCCCAAUUAUUACGAUAACUAUGUUUAAUUAGGUGGGAACUUUCCCUAAGUUACCAAAAUUUUAAUAUCGGCAAUGCUCAUGUGAAAAUUGCAAAAGAGACUUUUUUAAUUAAUGUGUAUAGUCUUUUUAUAUAUUCGGCAUUCUGUCUUCCAAUCUCUCGUGAUUAGGCCUAUAACUUUCGCACCAACAAGACUGAGAAUAGGCAAUGUAAACCUUUAUUAUACGAAGAAUACACAGGCUCAUUUUAUUCAAAGCCUUCUAUAAUGGAAAUACAAUUAUUUGUAUUAUUUAUUUUGUCCAUGUUUUUCACUUCAGAUAGAAUCUGAGAAUGAAAGCUGAUGCAGUGGUUCUGAUUACUUGAUUUAUACGUGUUUCUUUCUCUUUCAUUAUCAGCAAAUCCGUAUAACUUUAAUGCCAACUUCGGGCAUGACUUGGGAAAAGACAAACCAAACACGUCUUACUGAUGAUUAAAACUAAUUGAUGCAAAAUGGUGUCAAGAACAGCGGGGUAUGAUCGUCUGAAAGUCUUAACUAUUUGUCUGCUAUACGAGAAUAGAUGGUAAAAUGUUUCACAAAAUACGAAAAAAAAAUUGUUAUACCUUAUAUCCAUUAUACGGGUGUCUUUUUUACGCGCUGUCAAUAAAAUGUACGUACCCCGUACCCUUUUGCUAUUGACGUAUUUCUCUACAUUCAUCAACUAUGCAACUGUGUGUUUAAGAUUUGCAGCAAAAAGUUUAAAGUGCAGCUCAAAAUGGUGUGUUCUCGUUUGUCGGCAGGUCACCCCAAAGUGUCUUGUGAAUUGCAAUAUAAAAACACUGCCUGAUUUGAAGAAAUAGUGUAAAGGUUUUUGAACGACGAGUGUGUUUGUUUAUCAUGCACAUUGUACAUUUCAACUCAUCACCCAUUUAGUAUUUUUAGCAUUAUAUUCGACUAAGUUAUUAAAUCUAUAAUUGUUAAGGUAAUUUUGUGUCGCAGAAUCGAGAUUUUUGUUGCUGGGUAUCAUCGCAAUAUAUAUGUAAUUAUAUACGUCUUUUUCUAUUUUGCUACUGCCUUUUUAAAAUAUGUAUUUCGUUCACGAAACUUGAGUGCGUGGGUUUUUUAAAAAUUCAAAUAAUCCUAUAUCUUUUUCUAUGUGAUGGUAUCUGACAGACACAUGUGCUACCCUGCGUGAUUUGUCAAAUUCAUUUGUGACACAUGGUGAAUGUUUCCAUGAUAAUUAUCAAAGUAAACUUACGGAAACAUCGUACUGAAACCAUAGGUUGGUUUUCUUUUUACAUUUUCAUAUUUCAACAAAAUAUUUCGUGUCCAACCGUUUAAAACCACUUGAAUCAAUCAUUAACACAGAAUAAUCAAACUUAGAAAAGUGUUUCUUUAAAUACCUCUGCGCUCUUAUGUGCUUGUGGAAAACUAAGGUUGUUUGGCAAAUUCGCGUAUCUGGAGUUCGGUGUUGUCUGCCAGGUGCCUUAGUAUAAUAUAUUAUGCCGUGUAUCAAUUUCGUUAACAAUGCUUCUGGAUAAUAUUGUUUAUUUGUAAUUCGAAGUAAAUAAAUAUCAAACAGUUUUACCAUCACACUGUCAGCUCAAUAAUUCAUAUAUGUAUAUAUAAUCUGAUUUCUAAGACAUGUACAUUUAGUCCGUAACUAAAACUUAAUUUGCUUUUUGUUUCCUUUUUUUUUUGUAAUAUGGCUGUACCAUAAUUUGUUUCCAGAUUUUUCCAAAUAACGAUUGCUGUUCUUUAAAGUGGAAAACGCAACUUUCUCAAAGUUUUCGAGAAUUUCACUUUCGUAGAUACUUUUCAUUUAUAUGAUUUGUAAGUGUAAGGUUAUGAGGAAUGAAAUGUUAGCAAAUUUACGUACUACCAAGUUCUUAAUGUGUAGGAUUUGCUUCUUUUUCUGUAUUUUCUACCUGUAAAUAUACAUACAUCAUUAAAUUCACCAUAUAAUAUUCUCA